AACCGACUGAGCCAAAUGUGACAUUUACUUCCAUUCGUAGAUUUUUAGUUUCAAAACGCACUUCUAAAGUCGCAUGGAAAAUAAUUUGUUUUAGCUCUAAUCCUAUUUUGUUAAUUAUUUGAAAAUGGCUUCAGUUCAAAAAAGCGAUAAGGAUUUAAAAGAUGAAACAGCCGAAAUUGGAGAAGACGAGGAGGUGGACGGUGUAGAGGAAGGAGAGAACAAAGAUCCCGCCAAGAAGAAAAAAAAGAAAAAGAAGAAGAAGAAGACAGCUGGUGAAGGAGAGCCAGAAAAUGUAGAAGCGAAAGACGAGCCUGCCGGCGAAAUAGACGCAGAGGGAGACGAGAAAAAAAAGAAGAAGAAGAAGAGCAAGGGUAAAGGCGGGAAGAAGGAACAAACCGACCCUCCCACCAUACCUAUUGCUGAGUUGUUCCCAGAUGGCAACUUCCCCGAGGGCCAGAUCAUGGAGCAUGGCAAGGCGGAGGGCAUUGACGAGAGGACGGCCAAGGAACGGUUCUCCAGCGAAGAGAAGAGGGCUCUGGACAGGAUGCACCAGGACAUCUACCAGGAGAUCAGGCAUGCCGCUGAAGCUCAUAGACAGACUCGGCAGCACAUGAAGAGGUGGAUCAAGCCGGGCAUGACCAUGAUCGAGAUCUGCGAGGAGCUCGAGAACACCGCCCGGCGUCUCAUCGGUGAAGAUGGUCUGAAGGCCGGCCUCGCCUUCCCAACUGGUUGCAGCCGCAACAACUGCGCCGCCCAUUACACUCCUAAUACUGGCGACACAACAGUCCUAGAAUACGACGACGUGGUGAAGAUAGACUUUGGCACGCACAUCAACGGGCGUAUCAUCGACUGUGCGUUCACGCUCCACUUCAACCCCAAGUACGACCCGCUGGUGAAGGGAGUGCAGGAGGCCACGGAGGCGGGGAUUAGAGCCUCGGGGAUCGAUGCCAGGCUGUGUGAUGUGGGCGCUGCUGUGCAGGAGGUAAUGGAGUCGCAUGAGGUGGAGCUGGAUGGUACUACGUACCAGGUGAAGCCGAUCAGGAACCUGAAUGGGCACUCCAUUGGGCCUUACAGGAUCCACGCCGGCAAAACCGUGCCCAUCGUCAAGGGGGGUGAAACAACCCGUAUGGAGGAGAACGAGUUCUACGCGAUAGAGACAUUCGGCUCCACGGGGCGCGGCCAGGUGCACGACGACAUGGACUGCUCGCACUACAUGAAGAACUUCGACCAGCAGUUCAUACCGCUCAGACUGCAAUCGUCUAAGCAGCUGCUGAACACGAUAAACAAGAACUUUGGCACACUGGCCUUCUGCAAGCGUUGGCUGGAGCGCGCGGGCGCGUCGCGCUACGCUAUGGCUCUAAAGGACUUGUGUGACAAGGGUGUGGUCGACGCCUACCCGCCGCUAUGCGACAUCAAGGGCUGCUACACCGCGCAGUUCGAACACACCAUCCUCCUUAGACCGACGUGCAAGGAGGUCGUCUCGCGCGGAGACGAUUAUUAAAAACAAAACAGUGUCCUUGAAUAUUAUACUCUGUGAUAUCUCGGGACUGUUGUUGCUGGCCGGAAAGAGGCCGGAAAACAAAAAAAUAUUUUGAUUGUAUGUUCUUUUUUUAUUAAAUAAGUUUUCAGUGAACUCGGUUCGCAGUUUCGCUUUUAAAUAAAAUUGCUGUUAGUGGACACAUAGUGUCUUUAAAUUUUGAUUUUAAAUCUGAUAUUCUAGCGUGGUUUGGUUUUAUUACAAGUUCAAGUAAAACUUUUCAUGAAGGUCGAACAAAGACGAUCGGAUAAAUUUAUUAUGGUCCUUGGUCGAAAUCAAAAGUUCAUAGUUUGUUAAAUAAAUGUUGCAAUUUAUAACCUUCAUUUGUUUAACUACAAGUCAUUUCUUUAUCUUUUUACAUUUAUGUACUGUUUUCAUUAUACAUUUUAUAUUAUUUACGUGCUUUUUAAACGGUUUUUAUUAACCGAUUCGUAUUUUAAAUUUUCUUUCUGUGCUAAUCUCGUUAUUAUGUUUAACGUUAUUGUAAAUGAAAAUGUCGAUAAUAUUCAGAUACUAAUAAAGUUCAGUGUAAAAAACAA